UAACUUGUGGCAACUCUAGUCGGUUCCCCCGCAAAAAAAAAAAAAUACGCAAUUAUAAUUAUCUGAAAAAUUGUAUUUUUCUCCCCUGUAUUUUGAGUAAAAGCCCCAUAGCUAACCACUUGCGAUCCAGUUUCGUUGUAAAGGUUGCCGAAGAGUGGAUUCCUGGAUUCCUCCAUGGACAACAACGAAGUUUGGGCCUGUGCCUCAGUGGAGAAGGACCUAGAUAGAGUCGUCACAAAAUUGGAGCAGCUUCACGAAAAUGCAUCGGCUGAAAUAGGUGAUAUAGCUUCCCUGAUGUCCGAGUUGGUGAAAGUACUGGGCAAGGCUGAACAAACAGUGACGACAUUGAAUUCAAGCACACAAGUUGGCAGUGGUAGUGUGGACGAUCCAAUGGAUAUUGAGCAUGGUAUGCACAUGCAGGUGGAGACGGAACCAGCAGCUCCGCAACGUCUGACAGAUCGUCAAAUGGAGAUUAUCCGUGAGGCGAUUUUGAAAUGCAAUGAAAGGGUCCAAAAGCUAUCUACAGAGCAUCGGGACCUGCAUGGAUCCAUUUCGAAAAUAGGCAAGGUUAUUGACAGAAACUUUACUGCCGAUUUCACUUCAACCAUGAGAGUAGAUGCCUUGUUGGAUGAUGAGAAUUUAAUGCUGCUGAAUAAGGCAAUAGCCAAGCAUUAUUGUCGCCAGGGUAUGGACGAAGUGGCUCGCACAUUAAUUAAGGAAUGCAAAAUGACCGAGGAGCAUGCCCAGGAUGUGUUUGACUCGGAGCGAGAAUUCGCCGACAUCUACGGCAUUUGGGUGAAAAUACAGAAACGUGAAUUGGACGAUGCAUUAAGAUGGACCAUGCGUUUCUCCCAGCAGCUUCUGGAUAGACAUUCGCUAAUUGAGUUUCGUUUGCACCGCAUGCGCUUUAUGCAGUUGGUCUCCUAUGGCCUGGAAUCACAGCAUGAAGCGAUUGUCUAUGCACGCACACAUUUUAAAAAAUUCGCUGUGCGUUAUGAGCAUGAGAUAGCCAAUCUAAUGGCCAGCUUUAUAUAUUUACCAGGAGGGCUAGAGAAUUCGCCCUACAAGCAUUUUCUUGCCCAGGAAAUGUGGACUGAAUUGUCAUUCAUAUUCCUAAAAGACGCCUGCCAAUUGCUCGGAAUCAGCAAGAACUCCGCUCUAUCGGUUGUAGUCAAUGCAGGAUGUACUGCACUGCCCGCUCUUCUUAAUAUCAAACAAGUGAUGCAAUCGCGCCAGGUCCUGGGCAUGUGGAAUGGUUGCGAUGAGCUACCCAUUGAAAUCGAUCUCCAGCCAGAGUUUCGAUUUCACUCUAUAUUUGCCUGCCCUAUCUUACGCCAGCAGACUUCCGAGGACAAUCCGCCCAAGAAGUUGACCUGCGGCCAUGUCAUCUCCAAUGAUGCAUUGCAUAAGCUCAGCAAUGGCCAUGUACUCAAAUGUCCCUACUGUCCCGUUGAGCAAAAUGCCGAAGAGGCUGUAAGGAUUUACUUUUAGGUCGGUAAUGCCGACUAGUUCUUAUUACUAUAUAUUUAACCCCCAAUCCCCCCACCACCAAUGAUAAUAACAAGUGGUGUGUGUUAGCCUUUUGUUGGUUUUUCUGGGCCAUGGAUAUAACUGGAGCUAGUUCUAGGAAGAUGAUCGGGUCUGAAGAAGUUUUCCUUAAAAAUAAAUUCUUGAUGACGCAGAGCGGAAUCUAAGUGGUAUGAUGGGUUCAGCUGGCUUUCAGAAAUUCCUCUACUUUAUCUAAGCCCACUUAGAUUUUAAAUAAAUCUAUACACUAUAUAUAUAUAUACCGUAUUUAAAAAUAAAUUGAAAUUUAGUAUUUGAGAAGAUA